ACUAGUGGGGAAGAAUUGACGCUGCUACUCUCAUUCUUUCCGGAGCUCUCGAACUUGAGAAUAUGUGCUUGUAAGAAUAUAACUGGGUUAGGUGUGGCGGAGAAUGCAAAAACUGCUACGGAAGAGCAGCAACAUACAAGAGGCGAUAACAAGGAAAUAAUAACAGCUGAGUGGCAGCAUCACAAGGACUGCUGCUCUUUCCUCCUAAGAUACUGACGCUUGCAAAUUGAGAAAUGUUUCUUCAGUCCACCAAACGACGACCACGCAGGCGGAGGUGGGCUCCAACGUCUGCACUCCCUGCGCGCCUUGUUUAUCAGAAAUUGUCCCGAGUUCUUCUCCUCCAUUUCGUCCUCCUCUUUUCCCCCUUUUCCAACCUGCCUGCAACAGCUCACACUACAGGACGUUAAGCACAUGGAGACGCUGCACGCCAUCUCAAACCUCACCUCUCUCACCCAAUUAGACAUGAGAUCACUUGGGGAGUCAAGAGCCGAGGGCUUGUGGCCUCUCCUCGCCCACGGCCGCCUCACAAAACUGGACCUCCGUGCUGCCUCCGGUUUCUUCGCCGAUCCCGACCCCUCACGGCCGCAUGACAUAGACGUGUUUUCCCGUUCCUCCAAGCUCUUGGAUCUGACCACGGAAAGCAAGACAGGAGUCCUUGCCGCGUCGAUCUGCAGCCUCCUCUCUUCCACCCUCACCAGAUUGGAUCUCAGGUUCGACGACGAGGUGGAGCGCUUGACAAAGGAUCAAGAGGAGGCACUUCAGCUCCUCACCUCUCUCCAAGAGCUCGAAUUUUUCUGGGGAGACAAGCUGCAGCGGCUCCCUGCAGGGCUACACAAGCUUAUCAACCUCCAGAAAUUACGCAUCUGUUCGUGCUCGGCCAUCCAGUCCCUGCCCAGCCUUCCAAGCUCUCUGCGGGAAAUAAAGAUCUACCGCUGUGAUUCCCUCAAGUCGCUGCCCAACAGCCUCCCGAGUUCUCUGGAAGUAUUGGAGAUCUCCUGGUGUCGCGCCAUCAAGUCACUGCCCAAGGAUGGCCUUCCAAGUUCAAUGCUAAAAUUAGAUGUUCAUGACCGCAACAGUGAGGAGCUAAAAAGGGCGUGCCGCAAGCUAAUAGGAACCAUUCCGGUUGUCAUAACCUGA